UUUUUAAAGUAAUAAAAGGGCAAGAGAUUUCAAGUGGGUUAGUUUGGAGAAAGCCUGAGGAGCUGCCAUUUGACCAGAGGCCUGGGUAAAUAACUACACGGCCAUGAAAAGUAAGGAGACUUGUCCUGUCCCGCCUGGUAUUCUGCUGCAUGAACUCAAGUUGCCUGGUUCUCCUUGGACUCUCAGUUCCAUCUCCUCAUCUCGAAGACUGAGAGGCUCCGUCCACAUCCUGGUCUCUGUGCCAUCUGGCCCAGAAACUCUCCGCAGGGAGAAAAAUGAAGCUGACCCUGGUGCAGAUCUUCUUUAUGAUGCUGCUGCUCCUGCUGGGCCUGGGACUUGGCCUGGGGCUGGGGCUGCAGAUGGCUGCAGCAGUCCUACAGGAGAGCGAUCAGACCCUGAGCGAGCUGUGGUCCAGUGACUCCGAGGACAAGACCAAGGCCACUCAAGGAGAGGGCAGCCAAACUACAGAAACCUUGCUAGUUAGCAACAAAGGAUUGGUGCAACCGGGCUGGUCUGAAGACACCGUCCUUGGGGAAGACGAAGUUCGGGGAAGCAAGAUGCUCAGAGCUGAGCCUCUCCUUCCCAGCUACAAAGACUACCUUAGGUCUGACCUGAUGACCAGGGAGUGUAACAGCCUGAUGUCACAGAAGCUGAAGGAACACAACCGCACGUGCAUUAGCCAGUACACGUUCAUCCACGAGGAUCUGGAUACAGUCAAGGCUGUCUGUAAAAGUCCUCCAGUUGCCUGUGAGCUCAAGGGGGGCAAAUGCCACAGAAGCUCCCGUCCUUUCGAUUUGACGCUCUGCAGGCUGUCCAAACCAGGCCAGGUCCCUCCUCACUGCAAUUACCUCACUGUCAUUUUUGAAAAGUAUAUUAUUAUAUCCUGUAAUGACUUGAAGUUCCAGAUAACGUCUGGACAAUGAAACGACUUAUCUUCUUCAUC